GGAACUCUGAGAGUUAAAGUUAGAGUUGAGUGUGAGUUUAAGACGAGAGCUUUCACAGCUGGAUUCUCCUCGUCUCUCACACACUCUCUCACACUCUCGCGCAGCAGCAGCAGGCCAGACAUCAGGAGUGAAGGGCUAAAGGAGUGCAGGAAUGAAGGGGUGAGGGAGUGAAGAAGUAAAGGGGAAGGAGUGAAAAAGUGAAGGAGUGAAGAAAAGUGAAGAAGUGAAGGAAAUCAGGAGUGGAGGAGUGAAGAAGUGUAGGAGUGAAUGAGUGAAGGAGUGAGCGAGAGGGAGGGAAAGAGAGAAAAAAAGAAGGAAGUGAGGGAGUAAAGGAGUGAAAGAGAGAAGGACUGGAAGACUGAAGGAGUGAAGAAGUGUAGAAUUAAGGGAGAGAGGGAUUGAGGGAGCAAAGAAGUGAAGGAGUGAGGGAGUAAAGGAAAGAAGGACUGGAGGAGUGAAGGUGAGAAUAAUUUAAGGAGUGAAUUAGAGAGGGAGUGAGGGAGUGAAGGAGAGAGAAAGAGAGGGAGUGAGGGAGUGAAGGAGAGAGGGAGAGAGGGAUGGACGGUAAAGAGGAGGAGAAGGUGGUCGCUGCGGGUCCAGUAACUCAGGAGCAACUCGCCACAAUACAGGACGAACAAGUGCUGAAUGACAUGCUGGACAAGGCGGUGGAUUUUGAGGAGAGGAGGUUGAUUCGGGCGGCGCUGAGGGAGCUGAUGAAGAGAAAGCGAGAGCAGCGGGACCGUGAGCGAGCCGAGCGUCAGCAGGACCUGCGUCAGCGUGGAGUGUGUGCUGGACGCGGCCCAGCUGGACAAAAUGCAGCCCAGAAACCAGCAAAUGGGUCGGGCAGCACCCAGCAACACACAAACAGAGCAGCUCUGGCAAAGCCUCCAAAUCCAUCAUCAGCAGGUUCCAGCCCCCAAGCGUCGGCCAGUCCAGCUCGUUCCCCAGCUGUCGGGGUCAGAGUUCCCCGCGGCUCAGCGCUUGGCGGCCCAAACACUAAAGACGUCAAACAGAUGCUGCUGGACUGGUGCAGAGCCAAGACUGAACCAUACGAGGGCGUGAACAUCCAGAAUUUCUCGUCCAGUUGGGCAGAUGGGCUGGCGUUCUGUGCCCUGGUCCACAGGUUUUUCCCAGAAGGCUUUGAUUACUGCACGCUGGACCCGUACGACCGCAGGGCCAACUUCGAGAAGGCUUUUAAAACUGCAGAGCGUCUAGGUGACUGUGCUCCUCUCCUGGAUGUUGAUGAUCUGUUGCGGAUGCGGGAGCCGGAUUGGAAGUGUGUGUAUACCUACAUCCAGGAGUUCUAUCGCUGCCUUGUAGAGAAAGGGCUCGUCAAGACCAAAAAGAAAACCCCAUAAUAACCAAACAUCAAAGUGAAGCAGCUGAGAUCCAGUGAAGAGGUGGAGCGAUGGAGUGCUACAGGAGAGCUGCAGGCCAGCACACACACACACACACACAUACACAGACACACUCACACAGACACACACACACACACACACACACACACACACAGUACACGCUUCCUCAGGGACAGAGAGACGCCUCCUUCAGUCCUGUAAGAGAAUUUGUUUGCCAGUUACUCCAGUGUUCAGCUCCUGCAGUGUAUUUCAGUGUUAUAUGGGAUUGAAGUGUGCGCUGUGUGUUAUAACUGUAUAUUACAAAAUAAAAUGUUUGAUUUUAA